AUGGAUCAACAUUUCUCCGGCCUAACCAAGCUGGGCUUCGGCGUCCUGGCGUGCAACUCGGUGCUCGCCAUCUACAACUCCUGGGGUGACGCGACCUCCGUCUCCUUGGUGCUGCUCGCGGACGCCGCGCUCGUGCUCCUCUUGCUCUGCCUCCGUGAGUUCGAGCAGGACGGCGGCAGGGGCAGGGAGGACGCCAAGAUCAAAGCCGCGGUGUGGGCACUCACGACACUGCUCACGGCCAUGUUCGCGUCCAGGGUGGCGCCGGUGAUGCCGCCGGCCGUGGGCGCGGUGGUCUGGGUCAUGGCGGUGGCCACGACGGCCGGUGGGUUCUGGGCGUUCUUCCUGAAUCCGUGA